AUGCCGGAGUCUCAGUCAAGGCAGCUGUUGGAGAACCUUGGCCGCUUGAGGCAAUCAGCGGGCAGUCAUCACAGCCAGUUGCAUCUACCACGCCUGUCUGGAUCGGACUUGGAUUUUGCUGUUGUUCACAGUGGCAUUUCUUGGGAUCUGUUGAACAGGUCUUCCUACAACAUUGGCAAGACAAUGUACAGAUCAGUGUCAAAGGAAGAGGCCCCCAGUAGCUCCUCUAGAACGACUGCAACUGUAGGCCGCAAGUCCAAAAUCAACGAUGAGAAGGUCAUCGCCUAUGUUCGCACCACGCUCCAUAAGUACAGCAACGACUCCAGCAAAGUUGUUGUCGUGAGACACCAAGGGGUCAAGCGAUUAGUCUGUGCCAGGCUUUUGACAAAGAGAUUAGGCCGCAUAUGGCAGGAAGAACCCGAAUUGCGAAAGUUGGUGGGUAUUUCAGCUUUGCGGAGAAUUGUGCGAGUGCACUUUCCCUCCUACCGCAAACCAGGCCGCAAGACAGAUGUAUGUUCUCAUUGCAGAACGUUCAAGCGGCAUAUCGUUCCUCGAGCAGAGAAAGAGUACAACAAACGACGUGCAGCCUUGGUUAGCAUUGCGCCAAACUACUUUGAUUCCUUUGACCAAGACAGCAACACAGUCCAACUGCUAGAGUCCGCCCGCACAGAUGAGAUCAUUGUGCACGCAUGGAAGUACAUUACCUCUAAGAAUUCUCAGAGCGCAACAGACGCUAGCCGGAAACAGUUGUCUGUAGGAACUCGCCUGGAACUCUUCGAAAGUGAAGCCAAGGCAUGUCACAAGCUGAAGGGCCAUUGUGAGCUCUUGGAAGCCUACUCCUGGCAUCAGCAGUCAGCUGAGCGCCAGCGAGAGUUUUCCAAGGAAUUGUUGCUCAACCUUCCCAACAAUGAGGCCUAUCUGCAUUUCGACUUUAAGGAAAACGUGCGGUAUCCGAUGGCCAAAGAGGAGACGGGAGCAGAGUUUCAUGCUCAAAACAAAUUGAGCAUUACAGUAUUCGGAUGCACCGUCUAUGCUCCAGGGCGCCGGAACUUCAAUUUUCUGCUUUUGUCUGAAGUGCUAGACCACGACAGCCAGAUGGCCAAGUUGCUUUUGUCGCGAAUCCUCGAGGUUGUGAGGGGCAAGCCUGAAUAUGAGUGGUCCAAGGACUUGUUGCAGUGCUACCGGGCUGGAGCACAGGCCAUGGUCAACAGCGACCCGGCAGGGCCCAAAUUCCACAUUGAAUCCUUUGACCCUGGCGAGUUUCGACCUGACAGGUCUGGUUGCGUGGAAGAGCUCUUCGUGGCUUUGGAACGUUUUGCAAACGAGGACGACAGAGAUCCCGUUGCGCAAGCGCCCAUUGUGGAGCUUCUGUGGAGCUUGAGCUUUGAAGAGAUGGCAGUGGAUCGUGUUGCAGAGCGCUCGAAAGCUUCGUUGAUGUCUUUGGCUGGCAUCAUGCAAAGACAUGAGGUGCAGGGUAUGGCACGCCUGCAGGCAAGGUCGGACCCACGAUCAGUGGGUUUAGAGAGAUCCUGA